UACAUCCGGGUGCGCCUGCAGCGCCCGGGCGGCGAGGAGCGGCGGGACAUCGUCCGCGGCACCAAGGCCGCCGAGUUCCACAAUCACAUAUUUGAGAAGGUGAAUCCCGAAAUGGAAAAGCUGGGAUUUGAGUGCAAGUGCCUUGGAGGAGGGAAAAUUGAGCAUAAUAGCAAAGACAAGAAAAUCAGGGUAUUUGGACUCUCUACAGGCUAUGGCAAAGCAGAUCACUCAGUGACUGUAGAAAUACUGAAAAAAGUGUAUACAGAUUAUGAAAUUACAUGGUCAGAUGACAAGAAAUAAAUUGACUUACGAAAUCUGAACUUUGAUGAGC